UUGGUGGCGCAUACUUGUAAAGAUUGGGGAAAAUAAUGGAUUCAAUGAACCUGAUACUCGUUUUUGGUUUUGAGUGAAAAUAGAAAGGACAUUAGUGCUGCUGUGCUGCUAUCCCUGCCUAUUUGAAAUAUGCAACAAAUCCCAAGUACUGACGGGAUGGUGGAGAUCACUAAAACUAUAUUGUAUAGAGUCAAUCACAAGAGAUAAUCACGCAUGUGUGUUGUUGUUUGUGCUCUCUUCUUCGGAUUUGGCACCAGUGGUUUAAGUUUUAUCACGUCAUCUCAACCGAAAUACAUAUUUUAGGUUUGCUCUGCGUGGUGUCCACGACUGCAACCGUUAAUUUUCCAUGAACGUGAAAUUGCGCACUGUCAUCAUCAAUACAAGCAUUUGGACCAUUCGGAAAGGAAAAGUAAAUAUUUCCAUGCGAGCUGCGGAACAGAAUGGAACAGGCUGCCAAUAUAUUUUGGAGUGCGCAGUUUGCCUGUCCACAGUCAAGGGGAAUCCCAAACCGAUAGUAAAGUGAUGGACAAUAUUACCGUCAGGCAAGGCGAAAACGUCUUUCUCAGGUGCGCACAGGGGGACAUCGUCACACACACGGCCUGGCUCAACCGGUCGAGUAUACUGUACGCCGGCGAGGAUAAGUGGUCUGUGGAUCCCAGGGUGAGCCUGGUCACACUCAAUCAGGAGGAGUUCACCAUCAAGAUUGAGGACGUGGACAUGACAGAUGAAGGCCCAUACAUCUGCGCGGUGCAGACGAGCAGCAGACCGAGGACGACGUCAGUGCACAUCCUCGUCCAAGUGCCCCCCACAAUCAUCAACUUGUCGAAGGACAUCGUGGUCAACGAAGGCUCCAACGUCACCCUGAUGUGCCAAGCCAGUGGCAAACCAGAACCCUCGCUCACCUGGAAACUCCUCUCUCCCUCAGUUGACUUGGUAUCGGAGGACGAGUACCUGGACAUCCCCAGUAUCUCCAGACAGAGAGCGGGGACGUACGAAUGCACCGCCAUCAACGACAUCGCCACAGAUGUCCAGACCGUUGAGAUCACAGUCAACUAUGCCCCCAGUGUGUCAGAGGGCAGAGACGUUGGCGUGACCCUUGGCCAGAGAGGGGUGCUGGAGUGCGAAGUGGAUGCGGUGCCCAAGGCGGACUUUGAGUGGUAUCGAGACGAAAGAAGGAUCUUCAACGGUUUAGACGGCAUGGAGAUCGAGGACGCCGGGCAGCUCUCCAAGCUGACCUUCUUAAACAUCUCAGAGGCAGACUACGGCAACUACACGUGCAUCGCCAUCAACAAACUCGGCAGCUCCAACGCAAGCUUUGUCCUGUAUGAGGUUAUUGAGCCUACUAGCUCAACACUAGUGCAAGAGGGGUCAACCAAUGUGUUAUUGUUGACUUCAUCUGUGUUAGAAAAGACAACCUCUGAAACCUUUGCAUUACCGGCAGGACCCGGAGCAGUGCAGGAUGGGAACAGCGGCUCGAUGGGGACACACGUACACACCUACACCUGUCUACUUCUGGUCACCCUCCUUCCGUUUCUGCUCAGGUUUUGAUGCAGUAGGCUUUCUGGAAUCCGAGGGCAAGGUUGCAUGUUUUGUGUGUUUUCUCUCACCUGAAACCACAAACGUGAUGCACAGAGUGCUUGGGCUACCCUACUACAUCAUGUCGAACCGCUAAAAAGUAUUAUGUAACAUAUGCUUUUUUUAAAUUCAUUUUAGUUGAGUUUUAAGGACAUAACAAAUAGCUUUUUUUUGUUUUGAUUUGUUUAGUUUUGUCUCCCAUUAUGAUAUGAUUCUUAAAUGUUUAUUCAUGUGGGUCUUAAAAAUAGACCUGUCCGAUGUGGUUUGUCUGUUAUUUACAUUUCAUUUAUCUCAAUUUCCCCCGACUGACAGUCAUCUUAGCCCCAAGAGUCUUAGCGCCAAGAGUUAAAUGUAUGAGGUGAACUUAACACCUCAAACACAGGCAAGGAACAGAAGGACUGAAAUCCCUCUAGGGUCUAAAAGCCUGUAAUCAUGUUUGUUUUUGCUGUAAUUAUUUCGAAUUCUGAUACAUUGACAAACCACAACGGUUAAGAAGAAAUGGAAUUUCGACAAAUGUUCUAAUUCCUCUCGUCAUUGUAAAUUGUGAUCUUUUCAGUUGUUUGUGCUAUGCUAUUUUUUGGUUUUUAACACAUAUAUUGAAAGGGGUAAAUAAAAUAUAAAAGUUGUAUUUAUUUGUGCAAAGACCAUGUUUAUCUUCCCUUUGAACUGGCACAAGUCUAUACAAGGUGGUUUGAAGAAUAAUUACUUAACUAGUUAUGAAUGGAAAGGGAGUUUAUUUCCAUUUUUGUAGACAUAUAACUUCAACUAAUGUAAUCACUUGCAAAGUUUAUUAAUGUCUCUACAGCUGGUGUUACCUUAAGGUACUUUGUAAGUUAUACUGUAUUUACAAUGGUCACUUGCACACUUUGGGGUCAAUUCUGAAGUGUUCCCAUCUAAACUAACCAGUGCUGGUAGCUAAGGAGUAAGAUCGUGUCCAAUAGCAACUCUAUGGAUCCCUCUAAGUGCAAAUCCUAACUUCCACUUCAGUCACUUAGUGAUGCAUUGAUGUCAGUGGGAGACUAAGUGAAAAUUGGACUGAAGUGGAAGUUAGGAUCCACCUCUGAAGGUUCUCAGCUGUUAAUAUCAGUAUUUUUGUAUGGUCAUUGUUUUGAGUUUGUUCCAAAAUACUCUCUCAUAACCAAUAACUAUUAACUGUUUGGUUGUGUUGAACCGGUACGUUUUGAUUGGAAAUUCAAAUAGAUUGCUUAUAUUGUCUCCCAAUAGAGUGCAGAUACAUUAAAAUAUUAUCAUACAGAGUUAAAUAAUCAGGGUUGAGUUUGGAUUGAUUUGAAAUCGGGUAUAUCUUCUAGUCGACGUCUCUGUGACACUCAGGAGCUACAAUAAAACGUUCUAUAACCAUCCA